AUGUGCGGCUUCCAUAACGCGGUCGCCCGCAUUGUUGUGUGGUUGGGUGGUGUCGCCGCCCCGGAGGCGCGCAACCGAUGGUACACGGGUGUCGCUGGUGUGGGCCGAUCAGGGUGA